AUGGUCGCACCGAAAUGCCCUGGAACAGAGGUCCGUGAGGAGUACAAGCGUGGUUUCGGUGUGCCGACCCUGAUUGCCGUCCACCCCGAGAACGACCCGAAGGGAGAUGGCCUGGAGAUCGCCAAGGCCUACGCAGCGGCCACCGGCGGCGACCGUGCCGGUGUGCUGCUGAGCUCCUUUGUGGCUGAAGUGAAGAGUGACCUUAUGGGCGAGCAGACCAUCCUUUGUGGAAUGCUUCAGACAGGAGCAGUUUUGUCCUUCGACAAGAUGGUGGCCAACGGCAUUGAACCCGGCUACGCCUCCAAGCUGAUCCAGUACGGCUGGGAGACCAUCACCGAGGCCCUGAAGCAUGGUGGCAUCACUGGGAUGAUGAAUCGUCUAGACAACCCUUCCAAGGUGAAGUGCUUCGAGCUCGCAGCAGAGCUGAAGGAGAUCAUGAGGCCCUUGUAUGCCAAACACCAGGACGACAUCAUCACAGGGUUCUUCUCUGAGACGAUGAUGAAGGAUUGGGACAAUGAUGAUGUGAACUUGCUCAAAUGGAGACAAGAAACUGCGGAGACGGGGUUUGAGAAGACGCCUGCUGGCAACAUGCAAAUCAAGGAGCAGGAGUACUUUGACCAUGCUGUACUGAUGGUGGCGAUGAUCAAGGCUGGUGUGGAGCUGGCAUUCGAGGAGAUGGUGAAGGUUGGAAUGAAGCCUGAAAGUGCCUACUAUGAAUCCCUGCACGAGACUCCUCUCAUUGCCAACACCAUCGCAAGAAAGAAACUCUAUGAAAUGAACAAGGUGAUCUCCGACACCGCCGAGUAUGGCUGCUAUUUGUAUACGCAGGCGUGCGUACCCCUCCUGAAGGAUUUCAUGGCCAAGAUAGACACUAGCGUCAUUGGCUCCAAGUACAACAAAGGUGACAACGGUGUCGACAACCAGAAGCUCCUAGCGAUCAAUGAGGCCAUCGCCUCUCACCCGGUGGAGGCGGGGCGAGCUCGGUUCGUUUUGUUCGCCAUUCGGUUCAGAGUUCAGAGCGUGAAGCUCCAGCCUUCCUUUCUGCGGUCGGACCUGGUUGAAGCAUGUAGAAACGAUGGACUCCAGCAAGCCUGGUCUUUUUGUCCAGACACAGACACCUUUUUGUGA